UAAAAUAGAAAGUGAAUCUGUGUGAAAAAAAGAAAUAAAGUUGCUCUUUUUUUUUUUGUGACGUUUACAAACAGGGAAAAGAUUGGGUGCAUUCACGCUUUAUCUUUUUACAUUUCUAACAUUGCUUAUAUCAAAGGCAUGUGGGUCGUUGUUUGAUCCUGUUUCACUAUCCUUUUUUCCCUUUUUUUUUUAAUUUUUUAAAAAAAUGCACUUUCCAAAGUUCUUGAUCCAAUGCCCAACAUCAGCAGCUCCGACAGUCGUAUGGCUUUACCCUACGACACGGCCCGUCUCACUGAUACGUAAAGUAUCCGUACGAUCGUUCCAAACGCAUCAUCGACUCAACCCUUUAUUCAAUGAACAAAAGCAAAAGGACAGUACGCAAGAUACAAACAUCAAGCCCAGUCGUGCGAAUGAAAUAUUGGAAGCCGUUCUUUACGGAUCGAAAAAGGUCAAAGAAAUCGAACAGCAAACACAUUCAAAGAUGCUUGCGAGAGGAAAAUAUGUUCAUGAGUUACAAAUCCAUCGUGUAAAGCCUGAUAAAGUGGAUGAGUACAUUGAAUUAGUAUCCAAACAUCUCCCGAAAAUAGCCAAUGAUCCUCUGAAUGAGGUCAAUUUAUGUGGCAGUUGGUCUGUCGAUAUCGGCGAACAAGACACUUUUAUUCAUAUUUGGGAAUACAAAGGUUAUCCUGGCCGUAGAAGAACGCAUGAAAACCUGCAGACACAAAAAGAUCAUCGACACUAUUCAAAAAAGCUCAAAGACCUCGUAAGAUCAAGAGAAAAUCACAUUAUGCUCGAAUUCAGUUUCUGGCAAACUUCACCACCCAAAGUGACCAAUGGUAUUUUUGAGCUACGUAAAUACAAUUUAAAGCCAGGGAGACUGCUGGAAUGGGAAAUGAAUUGGUAAGAAUCAUGCAGUACUAGCAUUGAUGCGAAAACGAAAAGAGUAAUAGUAUUCCGUAACCAUGAUGCAUCUAUAUGAUGUAUAUCCUUUAG